GUUUCCCAAAGUGAGUUGACAGUUUUCUGACAUGAACUUUGAGCACAUAAUGAAACACUAGUGAAGCAUUUUCUAACACACCAACUUGUUCUGCUGAGCAUACUCAUAACGUAUCAGUAGUACCAGGAAUGGAGCCAAAUGGAGGAUUUUCCCUGAUUCUUACAAGCUUACUGUGGCUAUUUCCCUUUCCUGGUAGCUGUCAGAACAACAGUAAUAUCUUGGUGGUUCCUGUUGAUGGCAGCCAUUGGGUUAAUAUGGAGAUCAUCUUAAAAGGGUUACAUUCGCGUGGGCACAACUUGACUGUGAUGCGCUCCAUCAAGAGCUGGUACAUCCCAGAGAAAUCACCAAUCUACACCUCCAUCCCCAUGAAAUCUCUAGAAGAUGAUAUUGACCUGAACUUCUAUGACAAGUUGCUGAAGCAACAUCUAGAUUUUCGCAGAAAGUGGCCAUCCCUCACUUCUCUCUACCAGCAAUGGGAUCUCACUGACAUGUUAGCGACUGGCAAUAAAAUUUUAGCCAAAGCAGCUAUGUCAAUGUUUGAAGACAAGGCCUACAUGGCACAACUCAAGGAUGGUAAAUAUGACAUGAUGUUAACUGACCCAGCGUUUCCUAUUGGAGUGCUUUUUGCCCACUACCUUAACAUUCCAAUGGUGUUUAAUGUUCGCUGGAUCAACAAUGGGGAUAGCCAUUUUGCCUUUGCCCCUUCUCCUUUAUCUUAUGUCCCUCUAAGUGGAUCUAACCUCUGUGACCGGAUGACCUUCUCAGAGCGCCUUAUAAACAUGCUUUUCUAUUUCAUCUCUGUCUUUCAACAACACUUUGUCAUUGAUCCUCCUUACAGGGAGUUACUUGACCUUCACUUUCCACCAGGAUCCACCAUGAUGGCCAUGCAGCAUGCUGCAGAUUUGUGGUUGGUGCGGGCAGACUUUGUUUUUGAGUUCCCACGUCCUACGAUGCCCAAUGUGGUCUAUGUGGGAGGUUUUCAAUGCAAACCUGCAAAGCAGUUACCCACAGAUCUGGAGGACUUUGUGCAGAGCUCAGGAGAGCAUGGAGUGGUUAUUAUGUCACUAGGGACCAUCAUCUCAGCCCUCCCAAAGGAGACCACAGAGAUGAUCGCUGCUGCCUUUGCUGAGCUUCCUCAGAAGGUCAUUUGGAAAUACCCGGGUGAAGCACCCUCAACUCUUGGUAACAACACAUUGCUGGUUAAAUGGUUUCCUCAGAAUGACCUCUUAGGCCACCCUAAGACACGUGCCUUUGUGUCUCAUGGUGGCACCAAUGGCCUAUACGAAGCAAUUUACCACGGUGUUCCUGUUUUGGGUUUACCUCUUCUUUUUGACCAGUUCGACAACGUCUUAAGGCUGAAGGCUCACGGGGCAGCUUGUUUGCUGGAGGUGGCGACACUCACUAAAAAUCAGUUCCUGGAAGCUUUAAAAGAACUUCUGGAAAACCCCACAUACCGCAACAAUAUUAAGAGGCUUUCACGGCUGCACCGCGAUAAACCGCUGUCUGGAUUGGACAGUGCCAUCUUCUGGAUUGAGUUUGUCCUUAGACACAAAGGAGCUCCACACUUGCGCACUGAGGCCUAUGCUAUGCCCUGGUAUGCUUACUACAGUAUAGAUGUGGCUGCCCUACUUUUUGUUAUCAUUGCAGCUAUUCUAUGGAUCUCAGUGUGUGUCCUUAAGCUGCUCUACUGCAAGAUCUUCAACAGGAAGGAUAAACAAGAGUAGAACCUGCUCUGAAUGCCUUAUAAUCCAAGCUUUCAAGCAGAAUUUAGAGGAACAAAACUUACAAUUGAAUCAGCUAUGGUUUAUGUUUUUUAAAUCCUGUUCUUUCAAUAGACAUUUCAGGCAUAAGUUAAAACUGCUGAUUGUUCAUUGCAGAGCAAAACGAAAUGCAGAGCAGAAGGAGCUAUUUUAGGAAACAGAAAUGACUAGAGAUGUCCUGAUUCAUGAUUUUUUUUUACCCUUGGUCUGAUAUUGAGUGACAAUUUAAUAUUUAUCUGAGCAGCAUAGCCAAAAAAUGAAACUUUCAUAUGCUGCUUCAAAUCUAAAAGGGUUUAUUAAUUGACUGAUUGGUUGCAUUAGGUGAAUUGCAGCAAGGAAUGCUGGAAUAAAAUGCAGGACCAAGGUUGGGGACCAUUGUUCAGCUGAUUUUAUACCAGAAGUCUACACUGCUCUGCAACACUAGCCAUUUCACACCUCUGAUGAAGCAAAGAGUGUUGUUUGUCCACAUUUGUUUUUCUAGUAAUGGAUGAUGUAACAUAACCUGUAGAUGUCUUUAUUCAAUUUACCAAUUCAAUAAACUUUUGUAGAUGACAAUCAUAGCUAUGAGGGUUGAAAUGGGCCUUUUAUAGCUUUUAUUAAAAUUCCAUUAAAUUAUGCUUGGAAUUUUGCAAUGUUAAAAAUACUUUUGCACUUUUAAAAAUAGAACAUUUAAAGUGUUUAUUUGAUCUGGAUUGAUGAGAAAUUGCUUUUGUACUGUACUUGAAUAAAGCCAGUUGAAUUGCU